AUGUCCGCCGACUACGACGUGGUCUGGACACUGCACAACGACACGCCAUGGACAUGCACCUACGAAGCCUGGGGCACUAAUCAUGCCGGCCGAGACAACGGUGUCGUCGUUCUCCUCAAGUCUCAAGAGAGCGUCUCCUUCAUGGUCAACGCUUCUCUCACAUACUAUUAUUGCGUCCGGAUCCACGGACUCGAGGUCGGAUUCCAAGUCAGGAUUCGAGUAGACACGCCGUGCGCUAUGUCGGAGCUCGUACCCAACUUCCAGAACUAUCAGCUACUCCCGGCUGCGCCUUGGAAUGUGCAGACUCGUCAGGGCAUCAUGGUUCAGCGCUUCCGCAUCCUGACACGCCACCGUUAUGGCUGGUGA